AUGCCUCAGAACGAGUACAUUGAGCGCUGGACGAAGCAGCAUGGUAAGCGUCUUGAUCAUGAUGAGCGCAUGCGCAAGCGCCAGGCUCGUGAGGGACACAAGCAGUCCCACGAUGCCCAGAACCUGCGUGGUCUGCGGGCCAAGCUGUACCAGCAGCAGCGCCACAAGGAGAAGAUUCAGAUGAAGAAGCGCAUCAAGGCCCAGGAGGAGAAGAACGUCAAGUCCGCCGCACCCGACGAGCCCUCCAAGACCCCUCUGCCCCAGUACCUGCUCGACCGGUCGCAGGAGACCAACGCCAAGGCCCUCUCCAGUGCUAUCAAGGACAAGCGUAACGAGAAGGCUGCCAAGUUCGCCGUUCCCCUGCCUAAGGUCAAGGGUAUCAGUGAGGAGGAGAUGUUCAAGGUUGUCAACACCGGAAAGAAGACACACAAGAAGUCCUGGAAGCGUAUGAUUACCAAGCCUACAUUUGUUGGUAACGACUUCACCCGUCGCCCCGUCAAGUACGAGCGAUUCAUUCGUCCCAUGGGUCUGCGUUACAAGAAGGCCAACGUUACGCAUCCCGAGCUGGCUGUUACCGUUCAACUGCCCAUCCUCUCCGUCAAGAAGAACCCCCAGAACCCUCUCUAUACUCAGCUGGGUGUCCUGACCAAAGGAACCAUCAUUGAGGUGAACGUUUCCGAGUUGGGACUUGUUACCACCACCGGUAAGGUCGUCUGGGGUAAAUGGGCCCAGGUGACCAACACCCCCGAGAACGACGGAUGUGUCAAUGCGGUUCUCCUUGUCUAA